UCCUCGGGGAGCGGUGCGGGCGGGAGCGGCGCGGCGGGCGAGGUGGAUGCGUGGCGGCGGGGCGGGCGCGGCGUCUGGCCGGCUUUCCACCGCCGCGGAACAAAGCGGGCCUCGGGAGGCGGCGGCGGCACCCAGGGGCGGCUCCGGCGGCGGCCGAGGCUUGGCGAGCGGGCCCGGGCCGGGCGGCGGCCCCGCGGGCAGGAUGAGCCUGAGCCCCAAGGAGCUGUCGAGCCUGCUGAGCAUCAUCUCGGAGGAGGCGGGCGGCGGCAGCACGUUCGAGGGCCUGUCCACCGCCUUCCACCACUACUUCAGCAAGGCCGACCACUUCCGCCUGGGCUCCGUGCUGGUGCUGCUGCUGCAGCAGCCCGACCUGCUGCCCAGCGCGGCGCAGCGGCUCACGGCGCUCUACCUGCUCUGGGAGAUGUACCGCACCGAGCCGCUCGCCGCCAACCCCUUCGCCGCCAGCUUCGCGCACCUGCUCAACCCCGCGCCGCCCGCCCGCGGCGGCCAGGAGCCCGACCGGCCUCCGCUCUCAGGAUUUUUACCUCCUAUAACUCCGCCAGAAAAGUUUUUUCUUUCCCAGCUAAUGCUGGCACCCCCAAGGGAACUCUUCAAAAAGACACCUCGGCAGAUCGCACUGAUGGAUGUUGGGAACAUGGGCCAGUCUGUGGACAUUAGCGGGCUUCAGCUCGCCUUGGCUGAACGCCAGUCUGAAUUGCCAACCCAAAGUAAGGCUAGCUUCCCCAGUAUUCUCAGUGACCCAGACCCGGACUCUUCUAAUUCUGGAUUUGACAGCUCCGUGGCCUCUCAGAUCACAGAAGCUUUAGUCAGUGGACCGAAGCCGCCUAUUGAAAGCCAUUUUCGGCCAGAGUUUAUUCGUCCACCACCUCCACUCCACAUCUGUGAGGAUGAGCUGGCCUGGCUGAACCCAACAGAGCCCGACCAUUCCAUUCAGUGGGAUAAAUCCAUGUGCGUUAAGAAUAGCACAGGUGUAGAGAUCAAGAGAAUAAUGGCCAAAGCCUUCAAAAGCCCCUUAUCUUCUCCUCAACAAACACAGCUCCUUGGUGAGUUGGAAAAAGACCCCAAACUUGUUUAUCAUAUUGGCCUCACGCCAGCCAAGCUUCCUGACCUGGUGGAGAACAACCCUCUCGUCGCUAUAGAGAUGCUGCUGAAGCUGAUGCAGUCCAGCCAGAUCACCGAGUACUUUUCAGUCCUGGUCAAUAUGGAUAUGUCUUUACAUUCCAUGGAAGUGGUGAACCGACUGACUACAGCUGUUGACCUACCUCCUGAGUUCAUCCACCUUUACAUAUCAAAUUGCAUCUCUACUUGUGAACAGAUUAAGGAUAAGUAUAUGCAGAAUCGUUUGGUGCGUCUGGUGUGUGUCUUUCUUCAAUCCUUGAUCCGUAACAAAAUCAUCAACGUGCAGGACUUGUUCAUAGAAGUGCAGGCGUUCUGCAUUGAGUUCAGUAGGAUCCGAGAAGCUGCCGGCCUUUUCCGGUUGUUGAAGACAUUGGACACUGGGGACACGCCUUCCGAGACCAAAAUGUCAAAGUAGUACCUCAUCAGCACCACCUGUUGAGCUGUGCUGUGAUCUCAGUUUUAACUGUUAUAACCCUGAGUGGAUUUUUUGUUGUAAUACUAUAAACAACACUUCAGCUACUUAAAGCAGUUUAACUUUCCUGGGUGACUUUUUCCUUCAGAAGAAUUUUUGGUAAGAACUUGAAAAAUGUCUUUAGGUGUCUUACAGAAGGAAUGGUUAUCCAAAGAAAGAUUAUUGCAAAAAAGUAGGUGAGUUUCUUAGCACUAAAAAGCAAGGUGUUUUUGUUAAAAUAGAUUGCAGGCUUCUGAUUAAGAAUCCAGCUUUCCUAAAGUUCCGAUGUUAAACAUAUUUAAUGAGAGAAAAUGACGACUAAGACUUCGCUAUACUGACCUUGAGGUGAAAUCAGUUGAAUGUUUUUGGGUCAAGUGGCAAACAGGUUGAUCCUUGAACCCAUUACGCAGGUAACUCUUCUUAUUAAGCAGAGUUUGAACCAAGGACAUACUUGUAGCUUUAUCCUUUCUUGUUUGAGGACUUAACAGAUAUAACAAGAAUAAAUUCAUUUCCUGGGCCUCUUAUAAACACAGGAAGUCUUAGAAACCUUGAUCAGGGUUAUAACAGCUGGUAUAGUUUUGUUUUUUUCUCUCGAGAUGUUCUUUAGUUCAGUUAUGAGUCUAGCUAGGAUAGUAAUUUUUGAGGAGAAACAUCGUCUGUACUUUGGGGAGGAAUCUCCAUGUAAAAUAAACUGCUUGCUCUGCUGGGGGUGCAGGUGCCGACUGAGAAGCAGGAGGGCAUCGUGUGGGCUCAGGACAACAGUGCCUUAUAUUAAAGUUGUUUUUUAUAAACUAUGA